GGGAGUAGUCUUUAGUUUUCGCGCCUCUUAGUCUCUGACUUAUGUUCUGUUCUCCAACUUGGUUACUUGACUCACUGAGUCACUGCUCUCUCCAAUCGCCCUCUUCAGCUUUCUAGUGUCACUUUAGAAAAAAGGUUUCUGAAGUUUAUGAGAAUCUGAUAUUUAGGCUGUACAAGAUGGUUCAUAUGUUACCGUCCAAGACACUGAAGAGGCCAGCUGAUGAAGCUUCUUCGGAGAGUGUGAAGAAACAAAGGGCAGUGGAUGACGAACCUAAGUUUAAUGCUGUACUGGAUGAGGGACAUUCAAUCUCUAAACAGCCGUGUCAACCAACCACACCAGAAGAUGAGAUUCAGUCUCGAAUGGAAUCUCAUAAUUUAGAAUGCUCUGUGGAGUCCCUUCAGUCAAUAGAUUAUUACGAUUCAGAAAUGAGUAUUCAUGAUGUAGAUGCAGAACGGUUGGUAACUAUUCAAAAGUUCACCUUCGAUCCUGUCCUAUUGAGGAAAGAAUUGGCCAAAAUGAUUAUAUUACAUGAACAUCCUCUUUCUAUGGUUGAGCAAAUAGGGUUUAGAGACUUUUUGUGUAAAGUUAAUCCUUCAUUUGGGAUGCUCUCUCAAAACACUAUUGAGAAUGAUAUAAUGAAUAUCUUCAAAUUUGAGAGGUGCAUGACAUACACCGAUUUAGGCGACAAUUCUUCAGGCUGUGGAGUUGCUAUUACAACAAAAAUGUGGACUUCUAAUGAUGGAAAUCGAAGAUUUUUGGCCAUCACGGGACACUUCAUUGAUGAUGAGUGGAAAAGACAAUCAUAUAUCUUGAGGUUUGCAAAUGUUCCAUUACCUUGUACAAAUGAGUCAAUUAGCAAGGUCAUUCUAGAUUGUUUCUCAUACUUUGAUGUGAUAAAAAAACUGUCAACUAUAACAGUCGACAGUUACACUUGUGAUGACAAGCUUGUUGAUAUUCUAAUGGAAAAGCUUCCGGGUAAUAAACUACUCUUUAAAGAAAAACUAUUCCGGCUACCAUGUUUUUCUCAUACUAUGAGCCUGAUGGUUCAAGAUGGACUUGAUUUGGUUAGGCGUGUAAUUGAGAAAAUACGUGAUAGUAUUGUGUUUUGGACAUCAUCACCAGAAAGAGAAAUGACAUUUGAGAAAGCCGCUUGUGAGUUGGGUGUAAGCACUACAUCAAAGUUGGUGCUUGAUGAUGGGUUGAAUUGGAGUUCAACAUACUUUAUGUUGCAAGACUCAUUUGUUGUCAGGGAUGUAUUUUCUCUUUUAAGACAGCAGGAAUCUCAUUACGACUCUUUGCCUACUGAGGAAGAAUGGGAUUUAGUUAUGGAAGUGUGCAAUAGGCUGCAAUUUCUGUAUAAUGAGACGAAGUAUUUGGCAAACUGUCCUGCUGCUUGCUUCUAUAUUAUGCACUUGUGUUACAUUAAAGAGACUUUAACCGAGUGGCUCGAUUGUGAGGCUCCAGGGAUUAAAAACAUGGCCUCAAUGAUGGUAAAGAAGCUCGAUCAGUACUUCUUUGCCACACAUGAUAUACUAGGGGUUGUGUCUGUGUUUCACCCUAAAUAUCGUUUUUUCUCAGUGGAGCACUUUUUUUCCGUUAUUUAUAGAAAUGAAGCUGAAGGUGUGGUUGAAAGGAUUCGCAGAAUGUUCUAUGAUUUAUUUAAUCAGUACAAGAACUCCCAUCCUGUGGAAAAAUCCAGUAAUGAGGGCUUAAGCUUGCUAGAGUUGCGACAAAAUCCUGCUGAAUUCACGUUUGAGAGGUAUCUCAGAGAAAUGAAGAAGAAAGAACCUGAACUAUAUGAGGUUGACUUGUACUUGAAAGAAUAUUUCGAUCCGGAAACAAAAAAUUUUGAUAUCUUGUCUUGGUGGAAUAACAGGAAGACAAGAUAUCCUGUCUUGCAUAAGAUUGCGAAAGAUGUCUUGUCUAUUCCAAUAUUCUCAGUUAAUGUAGCGAAUGCGUUUGAUAUUGGUGAUAAGAUUUUGGGUGCAAAUCGUAGCAGACUUCGUCCAACAAUGGUUGAGGCAUUGAUGUGUACUCAGAGUUGGAUUAGGAGACGCAAAAAUUUGAAUUCCUAAGUUUCAUCUUCAGCUAUAAAUUUGCAUACAUUCGGUGCAAUCUUUGAUGAUGCUUAUGUUGAAUGUGGAAUAAUUUUUAAGGACACGGCUGCAGAAUCUAGUGAUGAGCCUUCACAGUCGCCUAAAUGAUUGAUAUCAGAGAAUUACUCACUGAUAGCUUUUGAAUUUUAUUGAAAUGUUAGUUCGUUUGUACAUGUAUGCCUGGUGGUGUCUAGGGAGAAAGAGUUGGAUUUUGGUAGAAGCUCGCUGUUAACUGAGUAAACUGUUGACUAAGUGCAAUUGUAGACCUUAUAAAACAAUAGUAGUGUACGCACUUAUGAUGCAUUAAAAAUUGGUGUGUUGCAUACUUACAUGGUUUUCUUUUUC